AUGGAAGAACAUCUCACUCCAUUGGCUGUUACCCAUCUCCUUCAACACACUCUCAGAAGUUUGUGCAUCCAUGAAAAUUCUCAGUGGGUCUAUGCUGUCUUCUGGAGGAUCUUGCCUAGGAACUACCCUCCACCCAAGUGGGAAGGACAAGGGGCUUACGAUAGAUCAAGAGGAAACAGGAGGAACUGGAUAUUGGUGUGGGAAGAUGGUUUCUGCAAUUUUGCUGCCUCCGCAGCACCUGAAAUUAACUCUGCUGAUUGUCCUACUUCAUCUGUUUAUGGGAACUGUGAAUUACAGCCCUACCAAGGGCUGCAACCGGAACUCUUCUUCAAGAUGUCACAUGAGAUCUAUAACUAUGGAGAAGGGUUGAUAGGAAAAGUGGCUGCAGAUCACAGCCACAAGUGGAUAUACAAAGAACCUAAUGAUCAAGAAAUUAACUUUUUGUCAGCAUGGCACAAUUCAGCAGACUCGCACCCUAGGACUUGGGAAGCCCAGUUCCUGUCUGGUAUAAAGACCAUAGCUCUUAUUGCUGUAAGAGAGGGUGUUGUUCAAUUAGGAGCCGUUCACAAGGUGAUUGAAGACCUGAGCUAUGUGGUUCUUUUGAGAAAAAAGUUCAGCUACAUUGAGAGCAUCCCUGGUGUACUGUUGCCACAUCCAUCAUCUUCUGCAUACCCUUAUAAAGUAGAAGGAGGGUAUGGAAUCCCAGAACAAUGGCAUUUCCAAGGCAACCACCUUGCACCCCAAGCUGAAUUAUAUGACCAUCAUUUCAACUUGCCGCUGAAGGUAACACCCUCAAUGAGUAGCCUUGAGGCACUACUCUCUAAGCUACCGUCAGUUGUGCCACCACCACCACAACAACAACCAACACAACCGCAGUCACAUCAUCAUGUUUUGUCAUCAUCCCAAAGGCCAUUAGAAUUCAUGGGAAUGCAAAAAGUGGCAAAGGAAGAGUUAGAUGAAGAGGUAUACAGGCCAGAACUUGAUAUAGGUGAAAGCAGCAGUUCAAUGCCAGGGUUCCAUCAUCAACAUCAUUUUCAUCAGCAACAAGAUCAGAAUAAUGUAACUAGGAACGGAUCCAACAAUGGAUUUUGA